GAACUUGGUGUGCGCAUGCGCGCACAGUUGACAGGCAGCUCGGUGUUGUCCCAGCUGUGCGCUGCAGACUCCCGGAUCUGGAUCUGGAUCUGGGCAUCAGAGGCCGGCCCGGCUCAGCAGUUUACCCCCAGAGUUUUAAUCUUUCACGUCAGAGGUGUGCCCAACAGGAAGAAAACAACAAGGAAUACAUUUGAGGUAAAAGUGGACUCAGUGGAGAUGUGUGCUGCCGUGUAUGUCCUGUCAACAGUUACGGGCUACGUUCUCACCUCUGCCCUGCUGCUUAAAUGUCCAACACUUCUGCACCGAAAGAAGCAUGGGACGUUCCUCUGCAAGCACAUUUCCCACCGUGGAGGAGCGGGAGAAAACCUGGAAAACACCAUGGCAGCUUUCAGGCACGCUGUGAACGUUGGCACAGACAUGUUGGAGUUGGACUGUCACCUGACGAGAGACGAGCAGGUCGUGGUCUCCCAUGAUUCCAACUUACAGAGGGUCUGUGGCGUCAACGCUGAAAUCGCCAACGUGGCCUACGCUGAACUUCCUCCGUACCUCUGCAAGCUGGGUGUAACUUUUCAAAAGGAUUGUGUCUGCGAGGGAGGGGAGGACAAACGCAUCCCUCUCCUCAGGGACAUUUUUGAUGCCUUCCCCAACACCCCCGUCAACGUUGACAUCAAGGUCAACAACGACAAACUCAUCCAGAAGGUUUCUGAGCUCAUCGUUAAAUAUAACCGACAGCACCUAACUGUCUGGGGAAACUCCAGCAACCAAGUGGUCAAAAAGUGUUACAAAGAGAACCCUCAGAUUCCAGUGUUGUUCAGCCUUCCCAGAGUACUGCAGCUGCUGGCCCUCUUCUACUCAGGCCUGCUACCCUUUGUACCCAUCAAGGAGCAGUUCCUGGAGAUCCCCAUGCCCUCCAUCAUUACUAAGUUAAAGGGUCCUAACAGUUUAACUGGAAGUCAGCGAUUUAUCAUCUGGUUAGCAGACACUUUGCUGAUGAGAAAAGCUCUUUUUCAGCAUUUAACUGCCCGGGGAAUACAGGUGUACAUUUGGGUGCUGAACGAUGAAGAGGACUUCCAGAGGGCCUUUGAUUUGGGAGCUACCGGAGUUAUGACGGAUUUUCCUACCAAGUUGAAAGACUUCAUGGACAGGAAUGGCAUUUCCAGGCUCCAGUGACCUGCCAAGUCCUGCGUCCCCUCACCUCUGCAGUGAUUAUCCUUCAGUCUGACGGACCCACUAACACGUCUCCUGCAUGCAUUCCAGCAGCGCUCCUCUGACAACACGCUUUAGUCAUGUUAGAGCGGUGUCCUUAUUAAAGUCGCACACUCCUGUCUUCCCACCCGCCUUCCCACCCGCCUUCUUUUUUACAGGGUAAACUCAGAAUGAAGUAUUUAUUACGACACAGGGUUUUCAUUUUAUUUGAAGUUGGUUUGAUUUAUUGUUUUAGCUUAUUAGGUGUUCAAAAAAGUGAUUUAAAACCACACAUUAAGCAGUGUAUGUGUCGACCUUCAAGACUCUAAGUUUAGCCCAUUUCAAGAGAUUUUUCAGAAAUAAAGUCAUUUAUUUAUAUAUGCUCUGGAAACCUCAACAGUUCUUUGCAAUAAAGAAAUUCUGACAACAUAUAUUUGACUUUUACAAAACAAACUUUAUUAAGCACUUUGGUGAAAUCUGGCUGAAGUUUCCCUGAAUGUGAAGCUGCAGACUAAACGUUUCACAUAAAUCAUUAUAAAAAAUUUAAUACGAAGGACAAUUUUUACAAUGAAUUCCUAAAUCUUGAUAAACCCCAGCAGGUCAGUUGUUUAUUUGCCUGAUGAUUUGUUUUUUGAAGUGUUAAAUCACUUCUAAAAUAAAUGUACCUGGUAGUGUACUUCCUGCUUUUAACGGGACAGUUUGGUGUCAUCUUUUUUUUUAUGUUAAAAGUGUAGCUGUUCAUAAUUGUAGGACUUAAAAAACUGCAAAUGAAAAAUAAUUGAAACAGUGAGAGAUCAGAUAUAGGUAUUUGAGUUUUUUUUUCCUGUUCUGAAGUAUUUCUGCAUUUUAUUAGUUACUGAAUCUAAAAUAACAGCAACAUUUGAACUUUCCCAGUAAAUUGUCAGUUGAAGACAUCCAAAUGUGCAAAGUUCUCCACGUUCUCUGGACCGAGUCUGAACGAUUCAACAUCCUAAAGGUCCAAAAGAGGAAGACCGAUUUCAAAUUAAAAGCGUUUGAUGGGAAAAAUGCCCCUUGACCAAAGAGCUGAGGUUCUUUGUGCUGCAGAUUCUGGAAGUUUUGUCUGUGCUAUUGUACUUAACACAAAAUAAAGGUAUUUAAAAUAUUUUUGAAACCAUGCUCUUAAAAUUAAUAUGUUUAUUUGAAGAGAAAAUAUUUUUUAACUAAAGUAUUUUCUGUGCUACAUGCCAUAAGAGAAAAUUGUUCUAUUUAUUUUCUGCUGUACUUUGAUGGUCAGUGAGAGCUGGAGGAUGAGGAGGCCAGGUCAUCCUGUGUGGGUCAUCAGUGUUGAUGAAAAUGGUGACUCAAAUUAUUUUUAUACAUAAGAAUUCCACUGAAAAUUGAGUUUAGGACUGAACUGUACUGUUGUAGCCACUGUUUGCUGUGUUUUCUAUUUCUGAUUGGUUGCUGAAAUCCAGAUUUUAUUUUCUUAAAUCCUCUUAUGUGCAUUUUUUUAUAACAACAGAGAGAUGUGCACAUCUUAUUACACAUCAUUUCAUUUGAUGUCCUUUUCAUCUAUUAUUUAAAAAAAAUCUUUCCAGUUAUAGAUGUCUGUUCUGUGGUAUUUCUGUGGAGACUUGAAUGUUUAUUCUGAUGAUAAAAUUUGCUGUUGUAUCAGUGAGAAUAAAGCAGAUCAUGUGCCUGCAGUGAAGAUGUGCAAGGGCAUGAUGGGUAAUCAUACAAUCAAACCUGUUGACCACGUGGUCUGAUCUGAAUGGACUUGGCUGAAUGUACUGACUUGAGUUUGUAUCACCUCCUCACUGCAGGUUUUCAGUAAGAUUUUAAACAAUAAUUCGUCAGUCAGCAGGAUCUGGACGUUUGUUUAUCUUUUCUUUUGAUCUGUACAGAAAUAUCUAAAAUCUAUUCAAAUCCAUGAUUUUUGCAUAUGUGCAGUUUCCACAAAA